AUCGAAAAAGUCAGGGCGUGGACUUCCAAAUCACACAGAAGGUCCUGUACCCUGGGGCUGGUCUUUGGGUACUGUCUUCUCCUCUCUGAGUGGUCACCUCUUAAAAAUGGGCUAUGCAUGCCAGCAUGGAUCCAAAAAGAGCUCUUGGGAAGAUAAAGAGGAAAAAUGACUGUGGAGUUGUUGGUAUAUAUAAAGUAACAUGGAAAUGUAAAUUAUCUAAAAAUAAUCUCCUAUGUGAAAUGCAGAGAGAGGUUGGGACUUGGGAGACCUUUUGGGUUCCUUCAGAAUUUGUUGGCACUUACUAUGUGCCAGGUGCUGUGCUAGGGCCUGGACAUAAAGGGACAGGUCGGAUAUGGCCCUGAGCAUCUGGAGCUCCCUAUCUACUGGGGGAAGUGAGCACGGUACAUGGAGUCUUGGGAUCCCUCCCAGUAGGAUGAUAGGGGAGAACUUCAUGUGUUAUAUGGCAGCAGGAGCCAGGCAAACAUAAGCUGACCCAGUCCUCCUUCCUGCAUGACCUUGAGCAAGUAAGGCCACCUCUCCCAGACCCAGGCCUUCAUCUAGAAAAUGGAGCUGUCUCCUCUGCCUCUUAGAGUUGCCAGGACAUGGCACCCUGGAGGUCCCAGAGUGGGGGAGAAGCCAGUAGUUCCUAAGCAGAAAAUUGUCCUACACAAGCCAAAAUCAGGGCCUCAGGCCUUGGGUGAUGACUUGCCUGAAAGAGUGUUGUGGGUGCAUGAGGGUGGACCCUAGGGGACAACAGGGAGGGAUUUAGAAAGGAGGGCAGAAAUCCUGGGAAGCUGGCCUGUGCCUUUAUCUAUGUUGGUAAUUUCGUUAGGGGGAGGAGACCAGCUGUACGCAAGGUCAGAUCUGCCCAGGUAGGAGGGCGAUGGUGGGGCCACCUGAGUUUACUCAGCAAAAGAUUCUAGGUCAAGGUGCACCCAGGAAGGCAGAGUGUCUCAGGAUGAGUUAAUGUGCUGAGGAUCUUUUGAAGCCCUGAUGCUGUCAGACUGCGUGAGGCCAAGGGAGACUUCCCCAGAGUCUAGGUCUUUCCCAGAGCAGUGGGGUCAGCAGAGGCAAGGCUGGCCAAACUUUGGGGAAUUCGGGGUGAGGAAGUUAAGAGGGCCCCGAAGGGUAGCGAUUUGGGGUUCCUCAAGCAAACGUUGCUCUUCUGGCUUCAGACUCACACAAGAGAGGUCAGCCAGUUAGGGAGGGAGGGGAGCCCGCACUACACCGCCUGGGCCGGGCUAAGUCAGGCAGGACCGCCAGGGAUGCGGUGGCCAGGCCGGGAUCUGCGCUCUACUCCCUGCGGGACCGCAGUGUCCGGGCGGAGCACGGCCUGCGAGGCUCCGGCCCGGCCAGAUGGAACGCGGUCCCUGUGCUGGGCAUUGCGCGCCUGAGGCUCCUGCCCUCCUGGCGGCUGCGGGCGCGGCAGUCCCCGCGCCCUCAGGGGCCGGGCCAGGCGGGGGCUGGGCCCGGCGGGCGGGCGCGGGAGGAAGGGGGGGCGGGCGGCGGCGAAGGCUGCGCCGCUCUAACAGGUGGGAUCCCGCGGCGUGGUGGAGGCGGGCGCGGGAGGAGGAGGAGGAGGAAGAGCCGCGGCAGCGGGAGCCUGAGCAGGAGCAGGAUGAGCCGCGCAAGCUGACAGCCACUGCUGCCGCCCGCGCCCAGGCUCGGUCUCGCUCCCCGCGCUCGGGGCCGCUCCCCGCCUCCCGCCUCCCCCGGCCGCCCGCGGGGCGGCCCGCCCCCUCUGCACCUCCGGGCCCGGAGCUGCCUCCAUCGCUCCUGCAUCCCGGCCGGGGGGAGGAGGAGGCGGAGCAGGAGGCGAGCCGGAGCCGCCGCCGCCAACGCCGCUGCCGCCGCCCGAGCAGGACAGAGCGCGCCGCAGCCCCGCGCGUCCGGCCGCCGCCCGCGCCCAUCAGGCAGCCGCGCCGGAGCCACACCGCGGGACAGACCCGGCCGCUGCGCGCCCCGACCCGGCCCAGCCCGGCCCAGCCCAGUCCCGACACCGGGCGGCCCGGCGGCCGGCCCGCCCCCGAGGGCGCCGGGCGCGGCGGGAGGAUGCCGAAGCCGACGCUGCUGCUGCGCGGGGGCUGGGAGCGCGAGCGCAGCCCCGGGGACUCGGAGCUGGGCCGCCAGUUCCGGGACUGGUGCCUGCGCACCUACGGCGACUCGGCCAAAACCAAGACGGUGACGCGCAGCAAAUACCAGCGGAUCGCCGAGGUCCUGCAGGGCGGCGGCGGGACUGGCGCGGGCAGCGGCCCCGCGGCCGGUGAGAAAGGCAAGUUCCAGUUCUGGGUGCGCUCCAAGGGCUUCCGCCUGGGCAGCGGCCGGGAACCCAAGAUGAGCCAAGUGGUGUAUGUGCCGGUCAAGACGGGCUCGGGGGCAGAUGGCCUGUCGGAGCCGGAGGGCAUCUCUCUGAAGCGGGUCGCUGUGGUGGAAGAUUUCUUUGACAUCAUCUACUCGAUGCAUGUGGAGAGCUCAGCGGAGCCAGGCAAAGCCCCCAAGCACGCCGGGCAGAAGAAAACCUACCGAGCGAUUGCGGAGACCUACGCCUUCCUCCCGAGAGAGGCCGUGACCCGGUUCCUGAUGAGCUGCACAGAGUGUCAGAAGAGGAUGCACUUUAACUCCAAUGGCCUGGAGCCCAAAGAAAAUGAGCCUCCAUCUCCUCUGGUCUCGGGGAUUAUCGAUUACAACAUGCCCCUCACCUCCACGUACCUGAAGCAGAUGAAGUUGCGCGUGAUGAAUUCCCAGGAGCAGGAUGAGACUUCUGUGAGCAGUGAAGAUUUUGAUAUGAACGACUCCACAUGGAUGUCAGCUGACCCACACCUGGCCUCCAGCCUGAGCCCCAGCCAGGACGAGAGGAUGCGGAGCCCGCAGAACCUCCACAGCCAAGAGGACGAUGACUCCUCCUCUGAGAGUGGUAGUGGCAAUGGCUCCUCCACCCUGAACCCAUCCACGUCAAGCAGCACCCAGGGUGACCCUGCCUUCCCUGAGAUGAAUGGCAACGGCGCUGUGGCCCCCAUGGACUUCACUGCCACCGCUGAGGAUCAGCCCAUCAAUCUGUGUGACAAGAUCCCGCCAGGCACAACACUCGGCACCCCUUCUUACCCCACAGACAGCUGUAGCACUGAUGGGCUGCGGAGCCGCGUCAAGUACGGGGUGAAGAGCACCCCUGAGUCACCCCCCUACAGUUCUGGGAGUUAUGAUUCUAUCAAGACUGAGGUCAGUGGCUGCCCCGAGGACCUGACGGUGGGCCGGGCCCCCACAGCAGAUGACGACGAUGAUGACCAUGAUGACCAUGAGGACAAUGACAAGAUGAAUGAUUCUGAGGGCAUGGACCCUGAGCGUCUCAAGGCCUUCAAUAUGUUUGUGCGCCUCUUUGUGGACGAGAACCUGGACCGAAUGGUGCCCAUCUCCAAGCAGCCCAAGGAGAAGAUCCAGGCCAUCAUUGAGUCCUGCAGCCGGCAGUUCCCGGAGUUCCAGGAGCGAGCCCGCAAGCGCAUCCGCACGUACCUCAAGUCCUGCCGGCGCAUGAAGAAGAACGGCAUGGAGAUGACCAGACCGACGCCACCCCACCUGACCUCGGCCAUGGCAGAAAACAUCCUGGCAGCCGCCUGCGAGAGCGAGACGAGAAAGGCGGCCAAGAGGAUGCGCCUUGAGAUCUACCAAUCCUCCCAGGACGAGCCCAUAGCCUUGGACAAGCAGCACUCGCGGGACUCUGCAGCCAUCACCCACUCCACCUACUCACUGCCAGCCUCCUCCUACUCCCAGGACCCUGUGUACGUCAACGGUGGCCUCAACUAUAGUUAUCGCAGUUACGGGGCCCUGAGCAGCAACCUGCAGCCCCCUGCUUCCCUCCAGACAGGAAAUCACAGUAAUGGGCCCACAGACCUCAGCAUGAAAGGCGGGGCCACAACCACCUCCACCACCCCCACUCCGACCCCCUCCAGCAACAGCACCAGCAGGACCAUGCCCAGCGCCCAGCUCAGCCCCACGGAGAUCAGCGCCGUGCGGCAGCUCAUCGCUGGCUACCGGGAGUCCGCUGCCUUCCUGCUGCGCUCAGCAGAUGAACUGGAAAACCUCAUCUUACAGCAGAACUGACCCCGCUGGCACCUGGAGUGCACUGCCCUAGGGAAGGAGCAGUGUCCCAGCCCGAACCUGGCUUCCUGCCUCACCAGUUGGUACAUUUCAUUUUUUGAAAAGAGGUGGGAUCCAAAAGAGCUGUUUCUAGCCACACUCCAAGCACCUGAGACUUUGGGCACAAGGACACUUUUUUUUUUUGGAAUCUCACCACACAGGUGCUCUGACCUGCUUGGAAGAGGCCAAUCGGGCAGCUCUGGAAGGGUGGGGCUCCCCUGACAAGGCGCCAGGGCUGUGGCUCUAUUUAGAAUCACCUUCAUGGACCCUGAUGUUAGAAUCCCACCCCCAGAUAAUUACCUUUCAAGUCUUAGGUGAGCAGAAUUGCAUAUUUAUUGAGAAAAACAAAGUGGACCCUUUCUUCCUCGCCCCUUAGUAAUUUAUUUUUCUGAAAAUGGAUUCUUUUGUGUUUGUACAGAUUGCCAGUCUGUGUCUGUCUGAUCAGAAGGAUGUGUCCCUAUACCUAACAUUCCAUAUCACUACACUGAUGCGGGCUGGGGCUGGCAGGGGCAGGAUGGUGCCGGGCUGGCUGUGCCUUUGAGUGCCCAGUGCUGCCACAGGGACACUGCCAGGCACUUCCCCAGGCACCACCAAGCAGGAGGACUUCACCCACAUGCUUCACCCAAAGCAAAACAUAAAAGGCACCCCACCCCACUCUACAGAAGCCCCAGUUACAUGGUCACCUGUAUUCUACCUCACACUCCAGCGUGGGCUUUUUCCAGGAUGUGCCCUGAGCCUGUUCUAAAGGGCCGUUACCCCAGCUACCCCGCCCAGUGUCUGCCUGGGAGGUAAAUCCAGACUGGACAUCCAAGAGCUAGAGCCCAGAGAAGGCCCUGCCCCUGUUGACCAGCUGCCCUAGGCCCCUGGCCCUCUCAGCUGCUUAAUGUGACAGAGUGCUAGGAGAUGGCAGCUGGUCAGCAGGGCCUUUGCCCUCACUGUGCUGCCAGGGAGCCAGGUCUGCACACUUCUCUGCACAGGCUGGGCCUUCAGACACCUGCCAAGAAGGGCGGGUCUCUUCAGGGUUAGCCCCUGGCUGUCAGGCAGCUGUGAGCUCCAGGGGAGACUGUAGUUCCCAUCCCCUCACCCCAUGUUUGGAGUAAAGGGAUCAUCAGUGGAAGUGGAGAAGCCACUUGGGUUCUCCUAGGACCAGCCCUUUUUCUGGAGGGGCUAGUCCUGGAAGAAGCACAUAAUCUCUGGAGUGUGAAAAAGGGCAAAAAGAAAAAGCUGGCCUGGUUUCCUUCCUCCCUGAUAGGCACUUCCUCUUGCUCAGUGCAAUACCUACCAGUGCUGCUAAAACCAGGGAUUCGCCCAGACCUCCACGGGCCCCCGGGGCCUCUCCAUGCAACACUCCGUAGCCAUGACAGCAGCUCUCUGCUGUCCAUCCCUGCCCAGAGCUGGCAGAAGCCCUCUGUUGCCUUUCCUCCCUCAGAGCAAAGAGGUCCCAGGGGAGCCAGGGCCAGAUGGCUGCAGAGAGCCACUCAACCCCAGAGCAGGCACCCCUUCCCAAACCAGUUUUCUACAGCCAACUUCCUCCUGGCACUGUGGCAGGCCCCCCUCAGGAGGGGCAGGAAGGGGGCACCAGUGCGUAUGCCCUCUCCUGCCUCAGAUCCAGAAACUCUGAAAAGUUAGGGUCCCCCCCUGCUUACUUCCAGCCCUGUAGGUUAGGGGUGGUCUUAUCUCUCAAGUGGCCUCCAACACCUCACCCAGCCACACCUCCUCUGCCUUCCACCUGACCAACCCCCAAGCCUCCAGGCAAGGCCAGGACACCUGAGACUCACCCUUAGCACAGCACAAGCUCCAGUGCCCAAGGCCUCCCCAACACCUGGCAUCCACGUGUCCAGUCCCACCUGCUCAAGCACUACUCCCGGAUGUCUGAAUUUAUGUAAAUAUUUAUUUUUGUGUGUGAACAAUACUACAAAGUAAUCAGUAGAUCUUUUGCAAAAUGUUCCCCCAGGCAAUUUGUGAAAAUCUUAAUGUUAAAACCUGGCAGAGACAAUCGCCACCCUAGAAUUCCUGAUAUGUUGCUUAAUGUGUCACUCACUUCUCCCAAAGGCGGUACCCAAGCUGGAUAGGAAAAGUUUUCAGUUUUUGGCAAACAGAAGUGAGCAAGGCUGGGGAAGGAGCUCCCUCUCACCACCCACACAAAGGAUCUAGGAUCAGUAUAAGCUACCAUUUGAAGUUGGGCUUUCUAAGUUCAAGCUGUGGUGACUGACCACCUCCAGCCUGCCUUAGUACUGCGGCAAAAGUGUGGGUUCAGAGUGUUUUAAAGAAAAAGGAGAGGACACACCAGUGGUCAAAGUCCACUGGGACUGCAGGGGGCCCCUCCAGGACGGUAGAUUUUGUCACAAUGACCCCACCUCUUAGGUAGGGCUCCUUCCCAAUGAAGCUAUCCUUGAAGCCCUGGAGAUGGCAGAAUCAGGAGCAAGUUAGUACACGGAAACAGGAUUCCACUAGCUGGUUCAGUCAGGGACUUACUCUGUUUUGCUUCUGUUUUAAGAGAUGCAGCUUCAACUCCUUCCCUUUAUACCUGACUUGGAGAGUACCAAAGAGCUGGUUCUGAUGAACCAAGCUCACUGCUGUCUUACCCUCUCUGGAGGGACUGCCUUCUUCAAAGCCCCACAGCCAUUUAAAAAUCUUCUGAAGGGCCUACAGGGCACAAAGUAAUCAUUUGGGAUGCUAAAUUAGAAAGGAAAUCCAAGAGUAGCAAUUCCAGAGUCUUUGUAGGGGGCUAAUCUCAAAAAGGGUAGAAUCAGAGAAGUAGGCCUUUGGUCUUAGUGGUGAACCCUCGAGUAGACCAGUGGUAAGCAUGUAUAACCCAUCAAAAUUCCUUUUACCAUCACGGCUCUUACUAAGGACAGUUUACUCCCAAGGACAGUGUUGGGGGAAAGGGGAACAGGUGGGGGAGGGUUAGAAGGGUUUUAUAAGAUUUCAAACAGAACCCAUCCAUCUCUAUUCCCAAGGGCCACUUACAACUCCAGGGGUAGUUAUAGGAUUAACUACCAGUUCAUUUUCAAAAUGCUGCUUUGAACUCAGAGGGUUGAUACUUUUAAUUUGUAAUUUUUUGUAAAACUUUUUACAAGAUAGUAAAGUAUUUCACCAGAAUACCAGUUUCAAUCCGUCCAUGGUCUGAUUUUUAUAUAAUUUAGUGGUGCUUUAGAAACUUUGUUUUUGUUGUUUCAGAGCUAAACAGCUCAAUCCUUUCUCGCCUGUAUCUACCUAAGACCAAUGUGAACCUUUGUAUUUUUGCUCCUAAUUUUGGACUCAGUGAAAGUGUACUGUUUACAUGUACAGACACCCCCAGUCCCUGUGUGUUCUGCAAGACUUGCUCUUGAGGAGGAAGAUGCACCUCACUAAGCUCAUCUGCUUACCAAAGCCACAAAACAAAAACCUCUCACUUUUUACCUGUGUUUCCACCUAAAAAUAAAAACAAAAAUCCUACACUAUGUAGAAUUUAGAUUUGCUGAAAAACACUUUCCACCUGGUAGGUGGCCCAUGUGCUUCUAUCACGCGGUCCACUUAGGAACAGGAGUCAGAACAGCCCUCCAGACAGGAGUGAAGGCAGGACUGCGCUGCAGAACGGUGGGAUGAAGACAGUUCUCUGGGCAGCCUGGGAGUGAGCAGGUCAAGAUGACUCACGUAGCCUUUAGGAGCAAGCCAACCAGGACUUAGGGGCAACCCAAGAGGUCAUCAAUCCUCUGGCAUAACUUAGACAUGGUCUGGAAGAGCAUGAGUUCCAUAUCCGAGAUGGGAUUUCAGACUUUCAGUGUAGAUGGUACAAGUAUUUCUUCAAGGUUCCUCUAGGGGCAGCUUGUUCAUGUGGCACCACCUCUGGGGAAGGACAGGGGGCUCCAGACAGCAAGCAUAUGCCACUUAAGGCAAACAGUGGAUGGCACCAACUUUUAAAGGUGACUCUUGGUUAAUCAAUGGCUUCACCUCUAAAUUACAUUUUUACAGAUAUGCACCUAUGCAACUUAAUGUGGCUCUUCUAAGCAGGUGAGGACUUCCUCCUCAAUGCUCUAUAAAAAUCAUUUGUGUUCUAUAUAGUGAGUUUUUCCAGUAAAUGUGGCUUAAUAUUUUAAUUCUUAGAAUGUGUCUUCUUUACGUGAUGCGACUAAAUUCUGUUUUGUUCGUGGAAUGACUAGCACAGGCCAACUCCCUCUCUCCCUCACUUAACAAGACCAAUGAGCUGUUAAUCGAGCUGUUAUCUCCAUGGUAUUACUUGCUAAAUGCACUGAUUUCAUAAGUAUGUGGAAUCCUUUUCCUUUUGAAUCUGUAUAUCAUAUAUAAGACUGAAUCUACUUAAUAAACACUGAAAAGCAAACCGAA